AGGGUCAGCCAGCCAGAGGUUUAUGGGGACAGACGGAGGCGCCUCAGCCGCCUUCUCUCUCUCUCUCUCUCCGGCGGCGGCUGCAGCCCGAGCCUCUGCAGCGCCGCCUUUUUCCUCAGCAGAAAGGAAAACACACACAACACGCACACGCCCCACACGCUCGCUUAGUUGCAACCGGUUUGUACCGGCCGCCGGCUCUGGCUGCCUCCACACGGCAGCGCCUCCCCGCCUCCCCGCCGGAGGAUGAAAGGAGCCCCGGAGGGCGGCGGGGGAGAAAGAGAGCUCGGCGCUGGAAGGCGGCCCGCGCGCCCACCGGCCGGCCGGCUAGCUGCCUCCCCCUCUCCCUCCAGCAGCCUCUCUCGGCCUGAGGGCGCAAAUAAAUAGAGGGCCGCCCCCCGCCCUGGGGGUGGGUGGGAUCCCUGUCGCCGCAGAGCGAGCCUUCCUUGCUUGCCACCCCCCCCGGGACGGCGGCAGUAAUGCUAUGGCAGGGCAGCGAAAGCUUCAUUUCCUGGUUGUCUGCACCGGGGGAUUCUAGCCAGCUUUCGUGAGUUCCAAGAUAAACUGCAAGCUCAUCCCUUAAACGAGAACGUCAAAGUGCCUUAAGGACAACAAGGUGUUCCUUUAUUUAAAGCUGUGGACUAAGUAAGGAGACAGUCUUCCUGUUUUUGUUGUUUUUUUGUUGUCAGUUGUGGAUUAAGUAAGAAGGAAGGAUUGGAAACAUCAGGAAGCAGAUAUGCCAGAUACUUAAGGCUGCAUUGCUAAAGUUAGCUGACUUGCUGUGACCGCUUCUGGUUGAAUUGCCAAAUACACAAAAACAGCAUGUUCUAGAAGACUGAAUGACAAGAUUCUAUUCUAGCUGCUUCUGACCCUUGAAUUUAUCCUGGAAAAUGGUGUUCCAGAAGUCACCAGAUGGUGGAUGGGGCUGGAUGAUUGUACUGGUGUCCUUCUUUACCCAGUUCUUGUGCUAUGGAUCUCCAUUAGCUGUUGGAGUUCUCUAUCUAGAAUGGCUGGAUCUAUUUGGAGAAGGAAAAGGAAAGACUGCAUGGGUUGGCUCCCUUGCAAGUGGAGUUGGACUACUUGCAAGUCCUAUUUGCAGUUCAUGUGUAUCUGCUUUUGGAGCAAGACCUGUAACAAUCUUCAGUGGCUUUAUGGUUGCUGGGGGUUUGAUGAUGAGCAGCAUUGCACCCAAUAUCUACUUCCUGUUUUUUUCCUAUGGAAUUGUUGUUGGACUCGGGUGUGGCUUAUUGUACACAGCAACAGUAACCAUCACAUGUCAGUAUUUUGAAAAACGCAGAGGCCUUGCACUUGGUCUAAUUUCAACAGGAUCAAGCGUUGGGGUUUUUAUAUAUGCAGCAUUACAGAGGGAGCUAAUUGAACUGUAUGGAUUAGAUGGGUGUCUGCUUAUUGUUGGUGCAUUGUCUCUAAAUAUAUUAGCGUGUGGGAGUCUGAUGAGACCUUUGCAGUCGUGUGGUUCUGCCUUACCAGAGAAACCAAUCCUCGAGAAGGUUCCAGAUCAAUACCUCAUGUAUAAUGAAAGAGAAAAGAACGCUUAUGAAGAAAAUGUACUUGAAAAAGCCAGCAGUGAAGGAAAUGGUGUGAACCAAACAUCCUGUGGUGACUGCAAGCAGGAGUCAGCAAUAACUAAGAACAAUCUAUUAACAAUAACACCACACGAGAGAGAGACUUACAGACGGAAAGUUGCAGAACGGACCUAUUUCUGUAAACAGCUUGCCAAGAAAAAAUGGCAGUUAUAUUUAGACUACUGGGGGGAAACGCUGGGACUUUUUAAAAACAAAGUAUUUUCAUCACUUUUUAUUGCCAUCUUCUUCUUUGACAUUGGCGGCUUUCCUCCUUCAUUGCUCAUGGAAGACAUUGCAAGAAGUUCCAAUAUUGGUGAAGAUGACACUGUCAUUCCUCUCAUUUCUGUCAUAGGCAUCAUGACUGCCAUUGGGAAACUUGUUCUAGGAAUACUGGCCGAUUUUGAAUGGAUUAAUACCUUAUAUCUAUAUGUCCUGACUUUGAUAUUGACUUCGGUGGCACUAGUAUUGAUUCCGUUUGCCCAAAAUUACAUCACACUGGCAAUACUUUCAGGGGUUUUGGGUUUUCUGACAGGCAAUUGGUCUAUUUUUCCAUAUGUUACAACAAAAACUGUAGGAAUCGAAAAAUUAACACAUGCAUAUGGCAUACUGAUGUUCUUUGCUGGACUUGGAAACAGUCUUGGACCACCAAUUGUAGGUUGGUUUUAUGACUGGACAAAGUCUUACGACAUAGCAUUCUACUUCAGCGGACUUUGUGUUCUGUUUGGAGGGCUGCUUCUGUUGGUGGCAGCGCUGCCAUGUUGGAACACCAUGAACGGUAGCAAUCAAGCUGAAAAGCCACUUCCAAAUAUUUACUCCUACAAAGUUGCUUCCAGUGUGUAGGUGACAAGUGCGGAACAGUUGCUCCUCUUUUUAUACUGCACAGCAAGAUAUUUUUAGUAAUUUCCUCACUUAUUUAUGAGGCUAAAAAACCCCACAAAAAUACAUUUUUAUACUACUUUGAAAUGCUUUUAGCCAGCGCCUCUUGCCCGGACGGUGCACCCAUUGCUGGGUGUGGCAGAUGAAGCUCCGUUUUAGCACAAGGGGCCUUUUGCUGUUGCCAGCAGUGCUGGAAACCAUAGGAGUGGAUGGGGCUAUUGAGCUCAUAUCCUGCUUGUGGGGUUCCUGUAGGCAUCUGAUGGACCGCUGUGAGAACAGGAUGCUUGAUUAAAUGGGCUACUGGCCUGAUCCAGUAGGUUCUUAUGUUCUUCACAAUCGGAAAGCCCUGCUUGUGCCUAUACAGCUGCAUUACAGCCUAAGGGCAUUAAUGUGUGUUCUUGAGCUCUAAUGUACAUGUCGAGCUCCUGUUGCAAGGGCUUGUUCACACACAGAUCCUUUGUGUAUACAUGAAAGUGCACAAAGGUAUCUGAUACGCAGCCAGCAAUGUUCUCCUGUGACUUCUUUUUUCUGACACGUAGUAUAUACUACAGUUUCACAAGUUAAAUAUUUUUCCAAUGGAACAAAGUGUAUUUUGAACCGACCUCUUGCUUUUGCUUGUCUUUGGCAAAAGACGGCACAUUGCUUCUCUCUUCAGAAAUCUCGAUAACUAUGUAGUGAAAGACCUUUAAGACAAUCGGACCAUUAUCACCAUGAAUGUAAUACGAAUUUGAAGUGCUUGCUUCUUUGGUAAGGUAAAUGCUUUCUGUUAUACAAUCUCAUGUGUUGCCACAAGCAGGAUUUGGGUCACAUUACUUGUGAAGUGAACAGUAUGGCAUGAAUUGCACUUCUAAAUGCCACUGAAGAUGCUGCUGUCCAAAUAUUUCACAUUUCACUUCUCCAGAAAAUGUGUUAAACCAAAAUCUGUGAAACCAAGGAAUAAAUAUAAGUUCUGAAACAA